AAUCCUCAUGCCCGACGGUAAAGAAUUGGAACAAGUCAAGGAAGAAGAAGACUCCUACGUCUGGGACAAUGAUACGCAGCUCUACUUCCAUCACAGUAGUGGGUUUUAUCAUGACCCAGUUGCUGGUUGGUACUAUUGUAGCAAGGAUGGUCGUUACUACAAGCAUGAGAAUGGCGAAUAUGUUCCCUUGGAAUAUGAAGAGUCUAACGUGAACCCUCCUGGAAAAGUUGUCACUUGUGAUCUAUCUGAAGAUGACUCUGCCAGAAAAAAUUCCCUUGCUCAGGCUGAGAAUGUGUUAUCAGUUUUAGAUAAUGAAUAUGAAGUUGCAUUAAAUGAAACUCCUUCAGAGCCAACAGGGUGCUCAAUUGACCAGGAACGACCUUCCUCAUGGUUGGAAGAUACACUUAUUGAACUUUAUUUGGCUGGAAAUAACCAACGGCCCAAAAAUUCCAGCUAUGAGACACCUUCUGGGGCUGAUAAUCAGGACUUCAAGAUGUUGUCAGCUAAUGGAGACGAUGAUGCUGAGGAACUUGAAGAGGGAGAAUGGAUUCCUGAAGAAGAUUUUGAUCCACAGGAAGACAACUUUGAUGAAGCUGCUCCGUCAAGGGAGGAAGAACUAUGGCUAGCACAAUAUGGUCAAGUCACUGAAUCCCCUGAGAAGACCCUGCCUCAGAUCUCAGCUGUUGAUUUGUGGGAUUGGAAACUUGUUUGUGAAUCCAGAAAAGCUGAAAAUGAACAGGUGGCUAGGCUAGUAGGGAGGCUAGUAAGACGGUCCGCCAAUCUUCAUCCAUCUGUGGCUUCUAGUGGCACGCUUUUCAAAACUGCACCAGUUUGUGAAGCACAGCUUAACCUGGUGCGAGUAAGAACAGGUCAAGUCUAUAAACUGCGGAAUCCUAGUGCAAAACACCUAGCAUCCUUGUCAGUAUAUGACUCGUCCAACCCAACAAAAGAUUGGGGAUUCCCUGAUAUUUCAACUACGUGGCAAAAUCCUGAUACAAAACGCAAAACUAAGAAGGUGAAACCAAAACCCGACUGUAGAGUCACGGUGAAGCCACGAGAUGAAGUCAACGUAAUUGAACAGCAGAGAAGCUGUUCAUACAGAGAUAGAGCCGCGGAGAGAAGAAAUUUGCAUGGUGGAUAUGGUGUUGGGCCAGGUCAAAAGGGAACAAUGGUGGGCCUUAACACGGAAGAGCAUGAUACUGCUUCUGAAGAGGAUGCUACAGCGGAAGCAUUGGAGUUUUCAUUUGGAUCUGGAAGUUACGCAAGGAAGAUUAUGGGAAACAUGGGCUGGAAGGAGGGUGAGACGCUCGGGAAGAAUACAAAAGGUUUGGUUGAACCGAUACAAGCAGUGGGGAACACUGGGAAUGUAGGGCUUGGUUAUCCUCAAAGGAGAAGAAAAUAAUAUGAGGUACCAAAUAAUAUGAACUUGUGUUAAUAUAUCACUUGAAUUGGCUUAUAAGUUUAUGAGUUUAUGAGUUUGGCUAUUUUCAAAGUCUAUAAUUAGCUACAAAGAAACAAGUUGAAAUGAUGUGACUUUCAAUACAAUCAAUUCAAGAAACAAGUGCUAUUUCCAGUUGGCUGCCUUUGUCACAAUAUGACUUGUUCCACGAGACGACAAA